GAAAAUUACUUUUUAAUUCAAACCAUAUGAUAAGUGAACAUGUAAACUCUUUUUAAACGCGAAAACUUAUAAAUUAAUAUUUUCGAUAGUUUUUAAUUAAUCGCAGACUAAAAGUCCUACGAAGGAAUGCGCUUUCAUUAUUCAAAAUUUGGAAAACACGAAUAUUGGAAAACACGAUAAACGCAUGAUGGACAUAGCGUUCUCCAUUUGUAUUCGUAGUUUAUAUUUUGUUCGUACAUGUCGCUGUAGUCGCACGCGUUUCAAACGCGUUUCAAACGAAUUUUUUUAGUUAAAUAAAUCAUCAAAUAAAUAAUAAUGGACGAAAUAAAAAAUCUACAAGAUAAAUAUCAGAGUAUUACUGUGGCACAACUUGGAGAGAUUAUAAAUAAACGUGGAAAGAAAGUAAAUCAGGUUAUACAUGAACGAGAUCAACAAUUAAAGGAAAAUGAAGAAAAACUUGAAAAUUUGAUGUCUGAAUUGGUAAUAUUGAAAGAAGAUAUUCAUACCAAGCAACAAGUUUUAGAACAGAAAAACAAAGAAUUGUCAAAUCAUAAUGAACAUUUUGCCGAAUUAAAAGCGGAAUACAAUAAAUUUAUGGAAGAAAAUACAAAUUUGCAGAUCAAGAAAAAUCUUUUAAAAAAUACUAAACCAAAUCAGCAUGAUCAAUUAUUAUUAGAAACAGGAAGGAAGAAGCUUCGCAUGUAUAAAGAGUGGACCGGUAUACAUUGGGAUUAUAGUAAUCUAAAGGACAAUAUAGUAGGAUAUGUAACUAACAAAAGUGACUAUAUACAUCAUUUUAAUUUUGCCAAAGAUGAAAAGGAUUCCGAAGAAUUAUCCAAUCUUUUAUGGCACGAGGUUUAUCUGUCUGUUGAAAAUAAAUUAAAUGAAAAUAAAAAGAGUUCUAUCGCAAAUGAAUAAAAUAUUAAAG